GAUGGCCGCGCGCCGGUCCCGGUUCCGCCCCGGGCCGAGUCUCCCCAUCGACCGCAUGAAGAUGGCGGCGGACAAGCGGCAGUUGGUGGCGUCGCUGCCGACGGACCUGAGGGUUUAGGACCCGUUGCUGUGGACAGAGAGACGGGGACGUGAGCGGCCAUUGAGGGCGCCCAGGGUGCCGGUGAGCCCCCUCCCUCCCCCCAUCUGCUCGGUUUGCGGGCUGAGCUAUGAGGGGCUGAGCUUCGAUGGAGGACCACAUGACGGGGCACAACAAGGAGAAGCGUUAUGAGUGCGACGUGUGUGGCAAGGCCUGGCUGCACCCGAGCCAGCUGGCGAGCCACCGGCGGGUGCACACGGGGGAGAACGCCCGUUCAACUGCUCGGAGUGCGGCAAGAGCUUCACCUGCUACGGCAACCUGCAGCGGCACUACCUCGUGCACUCCGACGAGCGGCCCUUCAACUGCUCCGACUGCGGCAAUGGCUUCAAGACGGCGAAUCAGCUGAAGAUGCACCUGCGGGUGCACACGGGCGAGAAGCCCUAUGGCUGCUCCACCUGCAACAAGAGCUUUGCCCGGUUGUCGGGGCUAUGGCAGCACCGGCGGGUGCACAGCAGUGAGCGGCCCUUCACCUGCUCCGACUGCGGCAAAGGCUUCAAGUUGUCCACGGAUCUGAAGAUCCACAGGCGCCAGCACACCGGGGAGCGGCCUUGCAUCUGCAGCGACUGCGGCAAGAGCUUCAUCUGCUCCAGCAACCUGUUGGAACACCAGCACAUCCACACCAAAGAGCGUCCCUACACCUGUGCCCACUGCGGCAAGGGCUUCACCCACUCCAGCAACCUGCUGGUGCACCAGCGCACCCACACCGGCGAGCGAUCCCACACCUGCGCCCAGUGCGGCAAGGGCUUCAACCGCUCCAGCAGGCUGCUGGAGCACCAGCGCACCCACACCGGCGAGCGUCCCUACACCUGUGCCCAGUGCGGCAAGGGCUACACCUGCUAUACCGGGCUGAAGUCCCACCAACGCACCCACACCGGUGAGCGACCCUUCACCUGCGCCUAAUGCAGCAAGGGCUUCACCUGCUCCGACAGCCUGCUGUCCCACCAGCAGGUGCACGCCAGCGAUCGUCCCUUCCCCAGCCCGGUGUAUGGAAACCGCUUUGCCAUGGUCUCCAACGCCCUGUCUCACCAGCGCUUGCACACCAGAGGCCAACCCUACGACUGCUAGUACUGCGGUGAGGUGUUUGACAGCUCACGGGAGUUGCGGCAGCACCAGUGGGCUCACGCCGGUGAGCAGCUGCUCCCACUACGGCAAGCAUUUCAAGAGGGCACGGGGGCUGUGGGAGCACCAGCGGAUACAAAUCGGAAAGAGACCCUUUGUGUGCGCUGACUGUAGCAAGAGUUUCACCUGGGUGUCCAGCCUGUGGCAGCACCGGUGUACCAAGCGGUGAGCGUCCCUUCCCCUGCCCGUCCUGUGAUAAGGGCUUUACCCGCCUUGACCACUUGCUGGAGCACCGGCGAGUCCACACUGGCCAGCGCCCCUUCACCUGCCCACUUUGUGGAAAGGCCUUUGUCCACUCCUCCAGCCUGCUGGCACACCACCACAUGGAUAGGAGCUGUUUAGGCAAACGUAAAAUGCUGGAAGGAAUGGGUAACGUUUCAGCCUCGACCUGAAACAUCACCCAUUCCUUAUAACCAUAUAACAAUUACAGCACGGAAACAGGCCAUCUCGGCCCUUCUAGUCCGUGCCGAACACGUAUUCUCCCCUAGUCCCAUCUACCUGCACUCAGACCAUAACCCUCCAUUCCUUUCCCGUCCAUAUAACUUGUCCUGCCAAGAUGUAGCACCUCACAUUUAUUAGCAUUAAACUCCAUCUGCCAUCUUUCAGCCCACUCUUCCAACUGGCCUAAAUCUCUUUGUAGACUUUGAAAAUCUACUUCAUUAUCCACAACACCACCUAUCUUAGUAUCAUCUGCAUACUUAUGAGGAGUUGUGUUAAUUCCUGCUAUGGAAAGAUUGAGUCAGCCAAUGUCACUAAUUCUAUUAAAUGUGAGACAACCAAUGCCACUGAUUCUAUUAAAUGUCUAACCUUAAGAUUUGAGCUUGCAUGUGCAAAAAGCCUACUAACACAAAUAGCAGAACCACUACCCUUGUACAACUUGCGGACAUGCAGAAUGACUAACCGCAGAGAACUGAUUUUAGCAAAGAUUGGAAAACAAAUAAUUGAAGGUGAUCAACUUUAAGCAACUUUGCUGAUAACCAACUUUAAACUAAGGGUGAAAAACAACCCCAUAUUUGAAGAAGAACCGAUGACAUCAUGCUAAUGGAUGACUGAUGUAAAGGAAUAUGUGAAAGAAAUGUAAUUGGAUAAGAAGGGGGAAGGAAAGCUUUGUUUAAAAAGGUACAUAAGGUAAUGCCUGAAGAAGAGGAGUAGCGACUCUUUGCCGAUUACCUGGUCUACGGUCCGGUGAACUGAUGUAAAGACUCUGCUCAAUAAAAACGUACAUUUUUGGGA